GCUAGACUCAUUAUUUCCCUAAAUCCGAAACAAACAAAGGUCUGUUUCAUAGAGUUGUUCGCUCUCAUGUGUUCCAACUUCCACCCAAACCCUAAUUUGAGAAUGCAGAAAAACAAUUAAAUUAUAGUAAUAACCAAUGGGGCAAGCAUUGAGAAGAUCCACAGGUAAAAUCCGAAGUAGUUCUUUAGAAGCAUCAGCACCAUCUGUUUCUUCACAAAUCAAGAAUGUUGAAAAACCUUCAAUUUCUGUUCCAAUUGAAGACAAAGUCAUAUCUAACAAGGGUGAAACAGUUGAUCAUGAUUCUGCGGGUGAGGCAAGGAUGAAUACUGAGAAUAUACUUGAAGAGGAAAAAGAUUCAGGAUAUGAUGCUAUGCUUAGUCAGAUGGUGGGUAGAAUAAAGUCUAAACCUGGAGGGAAGCUUGAAAUGGGAGAGGCAUUUGUUGUGGAAAAGUAUAAUAGACCCAUGCCAAAGCUGCGGAAUACAACGAUAGAUUCUGGGCGCUUCGAGGAGAAAGUUGUUCCCCCAGGAACCUUAAAUGUAAACCAAAUCCGUUACAUACUACAACUACAUCAAGGCAAGGCUGAAGAUCAUAAUGGACACAUGGAUAUCAAUCAGAUCGCAGAAAAGUUCAGAGUUGACGCUGCGCAGCUCCAAAAGAUAUUUCAGUUCUUAUCUCUUCCCCCCGAAGACAUUAAUAAAGAUAACAUGCAGGAAGGUGAUUAGAGAUAACAGGUAGCUUUUGCUCCUGAUUAUGACUGAUAAUUGAAUAUGAAAGACUGGUUGUUUGAAGUCCUGAACCAAACAGACAAGAGAAAGGUUUGAAUGUUUUUGAAAUCCAAGGUAGCUGUGAUAGCUAUGACAUUCGUUGUUACUUAGAGAAGAUUAAUAAGCUCUCCUCCGCGUUGAUAAUUUUGUAUGCGAAAUGAUAACCGUGUUCUUGAGUUGAUUCUGAUAUAUUGUUUGUCAUUUGUUGUUACCUUAGAUUAGAGAAGAUAAGUAUACAUGUGUUUCAACAUCAAUAAUUAAGUCUACUUUCUUGUAAAAAUGGGUGAAAAUGGGUGUUCACCAUAGCACAAUCAGAGAAGAUCGUAUAACUGUUUCAAGUCUCGUUUAGUUGUUGUGCUAGCUAGUUUAUGAAGCCACUAAUUUUAUUUUGUGUUUGGUA